AUGAGCCUCAUUACCUACGGCGCCGGUGGCCUCGGCUCCUUCCUCCUCGUAGUGGGACUCUACAUGCUCUUCACUGGCAGUGGUGAAGCUUUCAACGUUGGCGCAUUCAUCGAAUCGGUCUCGCCUUAUGCCUGGGCCUCGACAGGUGUCGCCCUUGCCAUUGCCCUGUCCGUCGUAGGCGCCGCAUGGGGCAUCUUCAUUACCGGCUCCUCGAUCCUCGGUGGCGGCGUCAAGGCUCCCCGCAUCCGAACAAAGAACUUGAUCUCCAUUAUCUUCUGCGAAGUCGUUGCCAUCUACGGCGUCAUCAUGGCUAUUGUCUUCUCCGCCAAGAUCGACUCUGUUUCUGGCCCGGAGCUUUACUCCGCCGACUCAUACUACACUGGCUUUGCGCUCUUCUGGGCUGGUAUCACCGUUGGCAUGUGCAACUUGGUCUGUGGUGUGGCCGUGGGUAUCAAUGGGUCCGGCGCGGCGCUGGCGGAUGCUGCCGACCCUUCACUAUUCGUGCGCAUCCUGGUUAUUGAGAUUUUCAGCUCCGUCUUGGGUCUGUUCGGCCUGAUUGUCGGGCUGCUCGUUUCCAGCAAGGCCCCCGAAUUUGGAAAGAGCGAAUAA